CAACAAGGUUCACUGUAUUUCUUUGCAUCUGCUGUUAGGAACAGCAACGGUUCCAGGCUGCAGAACGACUCUUCGUGGUACCCACGCUGCAACUUCUCCAACCAGCCUGACACCCAGGACACUGGUGCUUCCCUCCGCAGGUGCCCAGCACUCUGCACAUGCGCAGUGGGAACCCGUGCUCGCCCACGCACUACGUCGCUGGCGUCAUAACUUCCAGCCGCCAACUGCCGCCAUCUUGUUGGCCGGAAGCUUCCCUGCCUGCUGAGAUCCCUGAGGAGGCGUGGGCCGAAGUGAGUGCCAUGUCGGCGCUGCUGCGGGUGGCCGUGGUGUGCUCGAGCAAUCAGAACCGGAGCAUGGAGGCGCACAACAUCCUCAGCAAACGGGGCUUCAAUGUCCGGUCCUUCGGAACAGGGACUCACGUGAAGCUGCCGGGACCCGCCCCUGACAAGCCCAAUGUUUACGAUUUCAAAACCACGUACGAGCAGAUGUACAAUGAUCUCCUGAGGAAGGACAAAGAACUCUAUACGCAGAAUGGCAUCUUACAUAUGUUGGACAGAAAUAAGAGAAUCAAACCCCGGCCAGAAAGGUUCCAGAACUGUAAGGAUCAGUUCGAUCUGAUCCUCACCUGCGAGGAGAGAGUGUACGACCAGGUGGUGGAAGACCUCACCUCCAGAGAGCAGGAGACCUGCCAGCCGGUGCAUGUGGUCAAUGUCGACAUCCAGGACAACCACGAGGAGGCCACCCUGGGCGCCUUCCUCCUCUGCGAGCUCUGUCAGUGCCUGCAGCACAUGGAGGACAUGGAGAACGAGAUGGACGAGCUGCUGCAGGAGUUCGAGGAGAAAAGCGGCCGCCCCUUCCUGCACACCGUCUGCUUCUACUGACCAGCCUGCCCGAGGCCAUCUUUUGUUAAUACGUUUUGUUAAUACUUUUCUUUUGUUAAUACUUCCUUUUGUUAAUACUUUUUCCUUCGGGAUACUUGCUUCCACUUUUAGGUAUUCUGCCUGUGGAUGGUAGUAUCCAAAUAAACUGAAUAUAUCAAAUGAGAACAGAUACAUAAAUGCCAGAGUACAAACAAUCAGGUUUUCUAGCCCACAUUUUUAUGAGUAGGAUAUUGUUUGUAGUUUUUUUCCCCUUUAACCAAGACAGAAAUUGGUUUAGUGUGCAUUUCCCCCAUCCAUGUGUGCCUGUCACUGUGCCCUCCCUCCCCUCACCACGCACACCUCCCCCCAAACUGGCUGUAAUAUACAGAUCCCCAAUAAACAACAGGCUGUACCUUAUUAGGAGAGAACCUGCAAUUGUCGAAUAAAUUGCUGCUGCUGCUGCACUAAGAAUUAGUUGCUUUUUUUUUUUUAAACUAAGAUGUAAUUGAUAUAAACCAUUCUGUUAGUUCAGGUGUAAGAAUUACAAUCAUUCAGCUGAACUUGAUGAAUAAGAAAGAUUUUUUUGUUAUAUUCAGAUAAACUAAGAGCUGUUUGUUACAAAUCAGUAGCUCCAUGAUACAUUACCCAGAAUUAAAACAGAGUUUGAUAGGUAUUUGAGAUAAGCACCAACUGUUUUUCUCUACAUAAGAGCAUUUCUAUUUUCCCUUUUUUUGGCUAUUGUAGUCAUGUAGUUGUGAUAGGGCAUCUAAUUUCAAUGUACUCCUGAGGGACUUGUAUUGGCACAUGACCAUUCUGGGUAUGUAAUAAUCUUCAUUUCACAUGGCCAUAGUGAUUUGUCCAAGGUCAAAUGGAUGACUCAAGUAAAGCUCAUCAUAAUGCUUCCAAAGGAAUGUAUUCUUUCAGCUACAAAAGGAAGGAGCCCAAUCUUCUUUCAUAUAUAUAUAUUCUGAGAAACGAUGCUGGUCAUGUCUCCUCCCAGCAGAGAAGGCUGGAGAAGUGAAACCACCGUGCAGAGAAAAGCAGAGUCCUCAGGAUGAUAGCUGAUAUUGACCCCAACCUUCCAGACCACCUCACCCUUCUACCACCCCUACUUCAUUCUGAACUUAGUAAAGAAGGCACUAUGAGCAAAUAAUGACUUUUAGGGGGGAAAGUUUUGAGAGUAAAGACAAAGGGAAUUGGUUUUCUUUAGUCUACCAAAAUAUGGCAGAAUAAUGGUUGCCACCCUGCAUUUUGUUUAUCCCCAAUUGUCCAUUUACUUAGCUGAAAGGUGCCUGCCUUUCCUGCUUCCUGGAAAGGGUGACAUAACCUAUGGGUCUUAGAAACUCAGUUCCUCUACAGAGACUCUAGGAAGAUUUCUGAAUGGAGAAAAGGGAGCCCAAGGACAGAAGAUCAGGCCCUGGAAUUCUUGUGACCAGAAAGGUUCAGAAGCAGAAGAAAGAUCUGCGUGGUGGGACUAGAAAGCAGCCCACAAACUGCCUUGUUACCCAAGUCCAGCAUGGCAUAAAUGGCAUAAAUGGGGGAAUAGAAAGGCAAGGAAGGAUUUCCUGCUCCCAAGAUGCUGUAGAAGUGAAGAGUAACUGCUCUGUACCCUGAGGAAAAUCACAAUGUGCAUAUCACUAAAAGAAGCUGGGGAAACCCAAAGUUGAGUCCAGUUUGUAAGGAAUGGGUUACUUUCAAUAAAAUCUGUUUGUAUUACACAUAAAUUUUCGACAUGCUUGCUGCAGAAUGAGAUUCAUAACCACACUUUCCUUUCCUCCAAAUAUUAA